CAUUCAAGACUAUUAUUUCACAAGCUGUUUUAGCUGACCACUGUACCAGACCAUCUGUUACUGUUUCUUACAACACCAUCACCAUGCCCGCCAUCGGUAUUGAUCUUGGCACGACUUACUCGUGCGUUGGCGUGUUCCAGCACGGCAAGGUCGAGAUUAUCGCCAACGACCAGGGCAACCGCACCACGCCCAGCUAUGUCGCCUUUACCGACUCUGAGCGCCUCAUUGGUGACGCCGCCAAGAACCAGGUGGCCAUGAACCCCACCAACACCAUCUUCGAUGCCAAGCGCCUUAUCGGCCGCAAGUUCGAUGACGCCGCCGUCCAGAGCGAUAUGAAGCACUGGCCCUUCAACGUCAUCAACGUCGACUCUCGCCCCAAGCUCGAGGUUGAGUACAAGGGUGAGACCAAGCAGUUCUUCCCUGAGGAGAUUAGCUCCAUGGUCCUCGUCAAGAUGCGCGAGAUUGCCGAGGCCUACCUCGGUACCGAGGUCAAGGACGCCGUCGUCACCGUCCCCGCUUACUUCAACGACAGCCAGCGCCAGGCCACCAAGGAUGCCGGUACCAUCGCUGGCCUCAACGUGCUCCGUAUCAUCAACGAGCCCACCGCCGCCGCCAUUGCCUACGGUCUCGACAAGAAGAGCCAGGGUGAGAACCACGUGCUCAUCUUUGACCUGGGUGGUGGUACCUUUGAUGUGUCCGUCCUCUCCAUCGAUGAUGGCAUCUUCGAGGUCAAGUCGACCGCCGGUGACACCCACUUGGGUGGCGAGGAUUUUGACAACCGUCUCGUCAACCACUUUGUGACCGAGUUCAAGCGUAAGCACAAGAAGGACAUCACCUCCAACAAGCGCGCCCUCCGUCGGCUGCGCACCGCUUGCGAGCGCGCCAAGCGCACCCUCUCCGCCUCGGCCCAGGCCAACGUCGAGAUUGAUUCCCUCUUCGAGGGCAUUGACUUUUACACCAGCAUCACCCGUGCCCGCUUCGAAGAUCUGUGCGCCGAUCUCUUCCGCGGCACUCUUGACCCCGUUGAGAAGGCCCUGCGCGACGCCAAGUUGGACAAGUCCAGCAUCAACGAGGUUGUUCUUGUUGGCGGCUCCACGCGUAUCCCCAAGGUCCAGAAGCUGCUCCAGGACUUUUUCAACGGCAAGGAGCUGAACAAGAGCAUCAACCCCGAUGAGGCCGUUGCCUACGGUGCCGCCGUUCAGGCCGCCAUCCUCUCCGGUGACAAGUCGGAGGCCGUUCAGGACCUGCUCCUGCUCGACGUUGCCCCCCUCUCCAUGGGUCUGGAGACCGCCGGUGGUGUCAUGACCGCCCUUAUCAAGCGCAACACCACCAUCCCCACCAAGCAGACGCAGACGUUCACCACCUACUCGGACAACCAGCCUGGUGUGCUCAUCCAGGUCUACGAGGGCGAGCGUGCCAUGACCAAAGACAACAACAUGCUGGGCAAGUUUGAGCUCUCGGGCAUUCCCCCCGCGCCCCGUGGUGUGCCCCAGAUUGAGGUCACCUUUGACAUUGACGCCAACGGUAUCCUAAACGUCUCGGCCGCCGACAAGUCGACUGGCAAGAGCAACAAGAUCACCAUCACCAAUGACAAGGGCCGUCUCUCUGCCGACGACAUUGAACGCAUGGUGGCCGAGGCCGAGAAGUACAAGAACGAGGAUGAGGCUGUCAAGGAGAAGAUUGCCGCCAAGAACGCCCUCGAGUCGUACGCCUACAACAUGAAGUCUACCUUUGACGAUGACAAGGUCAAGGGCAAGGUUUCUGAGGAAGAGCAAAAGACUGUCACGGACAAGUGCAGCGAAGUCCUCGCCUGGCUCGACGCCAACCAGUCGGCCGAGAAGGAGGAGUUUGAGCACCAGCAGAAGGAGCUCGAGGGUGUCUGCUCUCCCAUUGUCAGCAAGCUCUAUCAAGCUGGUGGCAUGCCCGAGGGUGCCGGUGGCAUGCCCGGCGAUAUGCCCGGCGGUGCUCCUGCUGGUGAUGCCUCUGGCAACCAGGGCCCCACCAUCGAGGAGGUUGACUAAGCUGAAUAGUUGUACAUGUGAACCAGUGUGUGUGUGUGAGGUGUUUUCUGAUAGUAAAGAAAUGUGAAUAUUCGACAUGCGCUUUGAAUUGAUCUCCAUGCUC